UAUAAAUACCGGUCUCCUGAUUGAUACGCCGCACUGCGCAGUACGCAUACCUCCUCCGUCUCGAAGGUGAUUUUGAUAGAGAGAAAGAGAAUGCAGUCGCUGCAGGAGAAAGCGUCGGAAUGGAGCGGAGUCGAUCCAAACGACGCCUUCGCAAUCGACAGUUCCAAUCUCUACCAAACGCUCGGCCUCCAAACCUUCAUCGAUCUCUCCACCAAUUUCUACAAUCGGGUUUAUGAAGAUGAGGAGGAAUGGUUUCGUUCCAUUUUCGCUAAUUCGGUGAAAGAAGACGCCAUUCGCAACCAGUACGAGUUCUUCGUGCAGAGGAUGGGAGGCCCUCCUCUCUACUCCCAAAGGAAAGGCCAUCCGGCGCUGAUUGGACGCCAUCGGCCAUUUCCAGUUACACAUCAAGCGGCGGAGAGGUGGCUACACCACAUGCAACUAGCACUAGACAGUGUCCCGAAUAUUGAUGCAGAUUCAAAAACAAAGAUGAUGAAUUUCUUCAGGCACACUGCAUUCUUUCUUGUGGCUGGAAAUGAGCUGAAGAAUCAAACACAAGGAGUACCCUGCAAACAUGGGGUAAGCAAGCCAGCUGCAGUGUAAAUUAUAAUCACAAAAUCCUCAUCUAAUUUCAAAGACGGCUGAUGAUAUGUUAUUUAUCUGCAUGCUAUUAAGGGAAAACUUCUCUUCCCUCAAAUAAUAUAUAGAAAUAUUGGCCUUA